UACUGCGGAAGUAGGGAAGAGUGACAUCACGGAGCCCGGAAGCGUGCUUGACGUGAUUACGUCACCUACCAAAAUAUCCAGAGCAGUUAUGGCUACCAGAAGAGAACCCAGCAGCGACGAUGAAUCCUAUGAAGUAUUGGACAUAACAGAGUACGCUAGGCGUCACCAUUGGUGGAGUCGAGUUUUUGGACGGAAUUCUGGACCCCUGACAGAAAAGUAUUCUGUAGCCACACAGAUCGUCAUGGGAGGAGUCACUGGCUGGUGUGCCGGGUUUUUGUUUCAGAAAGUUGGAAAGCUUGCAGCGACUGCGGUUGGUGGCGGCUUUCUUCUGCUUCAGAUUGCAAGCCACGGGGGUUAUAUCCAAAUAGAUUGGAAGCGAGUAGAAAAGGAUGUAAACAAGGCAAAGAGAAAGAUAAAGAAAGAGGCAAAUAAGUCUGCACCAGAAAUUAACAAUUUAAUUGAGGAGUCACAAGAUUUUCUUAAGAAGAACAUCGUAGUCUCUGGGGGAUUUGUUGGAGGAUUCUUACUGGGCCUUGCCUCUUAGGAAACUGCAAAGAAGUGGACAACAAGAAGCGUUACAUAGGACUGAAAACGGUGUGGAAGUGAAUGGAGGAUGCCUGUCUACUAGCAAAGAUGCCUUGUUCUGUUUGUCUUCUGUAGGGUGGUCUUCUUGUAAAUGCUUACCCACACGGAAUGCUUGCAAAGAGCUCAUGGCGUAGUCUGCACAAACCUCCAGACUGAACUGUUCAUACUUUACACAAGAAGACGAUCUCUUUCAUUGCUAUUCAUCUACUGACAUUACUUCUAUGUCAUCAGCAGUUUUUGUUUGUGAUUUUUAUCAUGAUAGGUCUAUCAUCAUCAUGACAGGUUGAAAAAGUUCAUGUUAGUCCAUAAACCGUUUUUUAAUAUUUAUUUAACCGUGUGUGUUUUUUCUGUUUUCUUGACUAGUGCCAAAACUGUGUACUUUGAUUUGCAAUCGGAGCCCUAUUGGUGAAUGUUACUCUUACAGAAAAAAGUUAUACUGUGCAAUAGACUAUUAUUAAGAAUUAGAGUAGGAGUCACAGAAAAUAAAAUCGAAACUUAUCAUU